AUGCGGCCGGUUCGUCGAGCGCGGUCAGCAUUAUGGCCCUUCUGCCUUUCCCCUCUGCGGCCACGGCGCGGGUUUUCCACAAUAGCAAAGAUAAAAGGGCCUCUUGCUCCUCCUCUCCUCGAAGAAACAGUCGGCGAGAACUUUGCUCGCGUUGUCUCUGCGCACGGCGACCGUCAGGCCGUCGUCUCCAGACAUCAGAAAAAGCGUCUGACAUACAACCAAUUGGACCUCGACAGUAAUGUUCUGGCUAGGGGUCUACAAAGCCUGGGAGUCAAGAAGGGUGACCGUGUAUCUGUAUCAUUGGGCAACAACUUGGAAUUCGCUACCAUCACCUACGCUCUGUUCAAACUGGGAGCAAUUCUUGUGCCGCUCAAUCCGGCUUUUACAGCGUCCCAGAUUGUCUCAGCCUUGAACCAUUUGUCUGCCACGCAUCUAGUCAUUGGGACAGAAACAAACCUUCCGUACAAGCCACCCAGAUCCAAUGUGCCAAUACUGGAGUCUGUGGCGCCAGAUCUGUCGAGUUCGACGUUGUCCUCGGAAGCAAUCCCUUCUCUGAGAAACAUCGUUCUCGUGGACAACUCGGCCGGUCGCAUUGACCCGGCUCCCUUUUGCGCGACUACGCCAUGGUCCACAAUCUCGCAGGAUACGGAUGAUCGGCCUCCUGUUCCUACGUCUCCGCUAUCGAACCACGAGGUGGUCAACAUCCAAUUCACGUCAGGGACCACCUCUAUGCCCAAAGCUGCAUGUUUGACGCAUAGGUCAAUCCUCAACAACGGCAACCAAAUAGGCGACCGGAUGCUUCUGACCUCAGAGGAUAUCGUUUGCUGUCCACCGCCACUGUUUCAUUGUUUCGGCUGCAUUCUCGGCUACAUGGCGACCGCUACCCAUGGGUCAGCCAUUGUCUUCCCAACAGAAGCAUUUGAUCCUAUGGCCGCGUUGAAGGCCGUACAAGAAGAGAAGGCUACUGCUCUUUAUGGAGUGCCGACCAUGUUCCUGGCUGAACUGGAACUGAUUGACGAUGAGAAAGUGGCAUACGAAGGCUUCGAACACUUGCGCACGGGUAUCGCGGCAGGCUCGUCAAUUCCAGCAGAACUAAUGCGCAGGCUACACAAAACACUGAACCUGACCGAAUUGACCAUUUGCUAUGGAAUGACGGAGACAUCUCCGGUGUCUGCAAUGACAACAACCGAUGAUCCAAUCGACAAGCGGAUCAACACAGUCGGUCGACUUCUCCCGCACGUGGAAGCCAAAGUUGUCGAUCCUUUUGAUCAUGACAAGAUUCUCGGUACAGGCGAACGUGGCGAGCUCGCUGUCCACGGAUAUCUGGUUAUGAAGGAAUACUGGGGCCAGCCCGAGAAGACGGCCGAAGUGAUAAAGAUUGACGAGGACGGAAAGGUCUGGAUGCAUAGUGGGGAUGAAGCUUCCAUUGACGAAGAUGGCUAUGUCAGCAUCACAGGUCGCAUCAAGGACCUGAUCAUCCGUGGAGGGGAAAACAUCCAUCCUCUCGAGAUCGAGAAUUGUCUCUUUGCGAGCGAUAAGAUAGCAGAGGUCAGUGUGGUCGGGCUUCCCGACCCGAGAUAUGGUGAAGUCGUGGCUGCAUUUAUUGUUCGCCGACACCACCUACCACAGGGGCAGACGCCUAUAACCACUGAAGAGGUGAGAGACUGGGUCAAGCAACGCAUGAGCCAUCAUCUUGUGCCGAAGUACGUUUUCUUUGUGGAUGAAUACCCGAAGACAGCAAGCGGAAAGAUCCGUGAGUCGCCCCUGAAAUGUUCCUUUGGUCUCGCUGCUCGACACAGUUCCUCAGCAGUCUGCGAGAAAUUCAAGCUGAGGGACAAAGGCAUUCAGCUGCUCAGAGAGCGAGAUGGUCAGGAUUGA